AUGUGUGCUAACCUCAAAAGCGAAGACCUGGUGCAGGCGUACGUUGACCGCUGCCGUGCAAUCAACCCACUGCUCAAUGCCAUCGUCGACGAAAACUACGAGCGGGCGCUGGAGGAGGCCCGGGCGGUGGACGAGCGCGUAGCCCGAGAGCUUCGAAGAGAGAAGCGCCCCGAAGAGCUGUCCGUCGCCGAGUACCCCUUCCUCGGAGUGCCCUUCACUACGAAGAACUCCAUUGCGGUGGCCGGGCUGACCUACUCGGGGGGAAUUACCGCCCGGCGAGGCGUCACCGCUGAGCGGGACGCCGUGGCCAUCGACCGCAUGAAGAAGCUCGGCGGGGCGAUCUUCCUCGGCGUGACCAACGUUCCCGAGGCGGUGAUGUGGCUGGACGGCUUCAACCUAGUGGACGGACAGACUAAUAAUCCCUACGACCAGUCGAGGAUUCCCGGUGGCUCUUCGGCGGGCGAGGGCGCCAUCAUUGCCGGCGCCGGUUCGGUCAUUGGGGUCGGCUCCGACAUUGGCGGCUCUAUUCGCAUUCCCGCGCACUUUUGCGGUAUCUUUGGCCACAAAACGACGCCCACUGCGGUCGAUCCGACCGGCGUCUGGCCGCCCUUUGCCUCGAAACGCAUUCAGCUCCUCUCGCUGGGGCCGAUGACCCGUUUCGCCGUUGACCUGCGGCCUAUGUUGAAGGUGCUGGUCGGCGAGCAGCGGCUGGAGCUGCCGGAGCGGCCGCUCAACUUCUCCACCCUGAACGUCUACUACAUGCUGAAAAUUGAUGACCCGUUUGUGACGCCGGUGGACGUGGAGAUUGAGCAGGGCCUCGACACGGUGAUUCGCUUCUUCAUCGAACACGGCUCGCGCACCAUUCCUCUCGACACGGCGCACAAGUUCCACGACCUUCGAUACGCCCUCUUCCUCUGGUGCACGGCCAUGAACGACCCGAACAAUCCCUCCUACCUCAACCUGCUCACCGAGGGUCGCCGAGCGGCCAUCAAUCCCUACUGGGAGCUGCUGAAGUGCAUGGUCGGUCGGAACAAGGAGUACACGGCGGCCAUCCUGACGCUGGGCAUCAGCGAGGAGCUGGGCUUUACCAGCGGCGAGGUGAAGAAGGACGUCUACGAGGCGAUGCUGGAGCGCCUGAAAAAGGACCUCCACGAGCUGCUCUCCACUGAUGGCGUGCUCAUCUGUCCCACCUUUCCGGAGAUUG